CAGAGUUUUAGCGCGAGGAGAGGAGAGGAGAGGAGAGGAGAGGAGAGGAGAGGUCUGAUAGACUGGAAUCACUCCAGAUAUCUUCUAGAUUUAAUCCUGAUCCUCCUGCGAGAAUAAUCUCCUUUUGCAAGUCUCCUGUGCCCGCUGACCAUUUUCCUGCAAAUUUCUAAUUAAAAUCUAAGCAGAUCAUGAAACAGCUGGAAGUUAAGACUGAAUGUGAGAAUCUGGUGUCCAGAAGCUCCAAUACUCAGAAAACAUCUGCUGCUCUUCACAUAAACACACCUCACAAACCAACACAAAAGAUUACAGGCAAAAAACGAACUUAUCACUGCUCAGAGUGUGGGAAGAGUUUUACUGCACAGAGUAGUCUCCAACAACACCAGCGCAUUCACACUGGAGAGAAACCAUAUCACUGCUCAGAGUGUGGACAGAGUUUUACUGUACAGAGUCAUCUCCGAAGACACCAGCGCAUUCACACAGGAGAGAAACCGUGUCAUUGUUCAGAGUGUGGGAAGAGAUUCAGUCAACAGAGUAAUCUCCUAAAACACCAGCGCGUUCACACAGGAGAGAAACCGUAUCACUGCUCAGAGUGUGGGAAGAGUUUUACUACACAGAGUAGUCUCCAACAACACCAGCGCAUUCACACAGGAGAGAAGCCGUAUCACUGCUCUGACUGUGGAAAGAGUUUUACUUCACAGAGUGGUCUCCAACAACACCAGCGCAUUCACACAGGAGUGAAACCGUAUUACUGCUCUGACUGUGGAAAGAGUUUUACUACACACGGUCAUCUUCAAAGACACCAGCUCAUUCACAUAGGAGAGAAACUGUAUAACUGCUUAGUGUGCAGAAAGAGUUUUAGAGAAAGUAGUGCCCUCAAGAAUCACCAGCGCAUUCACACAGGAGAGAAACUGUAUCACUGCUCAGAGUGUGGAAAGAGUUUUAAUCAACAGUGUAGUCUCCGAAAACACCAGCGCAUUCACACAGGAGAGAAACUGUAUCACUGUUCCGAGUGUGGAAAGAGUUUCAAUCAACAGAGUAAUCUCCGAAAACACGAGCGCAUUCACACAGGAGAGAAACCGUGUCACUGCUCAGAGUGUGGAAAGAGUUUCAAUCAACAGAGUAAUCUCCGAAAACACCAGCGCAUUCACACAGGAGAGAAGCCGUAUCACUGCUCAGAGUGUGGAAAGAGUUUUAGAGAAAGUGGUGCCCUCAAGAGACACCAGUGCAUUCACACAGGAGAGAAACUGUAUCAAUGCUCAGAGUGCGGAAAGAGUUUUAGAGAAAGUGGUGCACUCAAGAAUCACCAGCGCAUUCACACAGGAGAGAAACUGUAUCACUGCUCAGAAUGUGGGAAGACCUUCAGUCAACAGAGUAAUCUCCUAAAUCACCAGCGCAUUCACACAGGAGAGAAACCGUGUCACUGCUCAGAGUGUGGGAAGACCUUCAGUCAACAGAGUAAUCUCCUAAAUCACCAACGCAUUCACACAGGAGAGAAACCGUGUCACUGCUCAGAGUGUGGGAAGAGUUUUAGAGAAAGUAGUGCCCUCAAGAAACAUCAGCGCAUUCACACAGGAGAGAAACCGUAUCACUGCUCAGAGUGUGGGAAGAGUUUUAGAGAAAGUGGUAACCUCAAGAUUCACCAGCGCACUCACACAGGAGAGAAACCGCAUCACUGCUCAGAUUGUGGGAAGAGUUUCAGUCAACAGAGUAGUCUCCGAACACACCAGCGCAUUCACACAGGAGAAAAACCAUAUCACUGCUUAGAGUGUGGAAAGAGUUUUAGAGAAAGUGGUGCCCUCAAGAAUCACCAGCGCAUUCAUACAGGAGAGAAACUUUAUCACUCCAUAGAGUGUGAGGAAAAGCUUUAGUUAUUUAAGAUUUUAAGAUUUGAUGUCUUUCCAAGAAAAAAUUAAACCAUCAUUGUUCCAUCAAGAAGCCAUUCUCAAUAUAUCUCCAAGCCUCCUCUCAAGCAUGGAGUCUCUGACUCAUUCAAGCAACCCAAGUCAGAAAAAAUAAAAUAAAUCCAACAACCAACUGUCCAAGCAGUCAAAGUUGAAGAGAAGCUGCUGUUUUCAAGUUUCAUCUUCUGAGAAGCAUGAAGAGCCAUGAUUCAGUUCCACGACCAGCUCUGCUGUGCUGAGGCCACUAUCUGCAGAUCUUAGAUUACACGCUGGAACAUAAACAGACACUGAUUUUGUCAAACUCCUGACCUGCUAGAGCUGCCCCAGUGAGUUAUUGUGAAGUGGAUCCAAGGAACAACAACAGUUCAGUGAUGGAGCCAUGGGUAAUACAGGCUCAUAAAGUAAGACCACAGAAGGAUUCAACAAGCACGUAUGGGUGGGAGGUUUGGGUGGCAUACUUUUGGUCAUGCAAUGUAGAUUAAAUUAUCUGAAAAUAACAUGUCUGUCACAUUAUGGGGAUAGUUAUGGGCAGUAGUCAAGAUGUAACUGAUUCGUACAUGGGGGUAGUUGCCGAAGGAUGAAGAUAUGUUAAGCACACUCACUCUCUGAAGUUUCAUGAUGUUUAACUGCUGGUGUAUUAGGCGCCUGCCGAAGGGACAACGUUAACAGACAGUUCUUAAUCCCUUUGAUGGAUAGCAACAUCUACUGUCCAUUUUUGUGGUACUACCAUUAAGUUUCUUUCUUUUGUCUCUUUCGCUGUUUUAGGUGUUUCCUGUGUGGUGUUCAAAUCUACAGCCUACAUUGUCCUCUUAAUUUCAUCACAUUGAUCUUCACCUGGUGGUUACGGGGGAGAGCAGAAGAGGAGAAAUAUCAGUGGCAAGAAGUUACUGGGUGCAAGUGUUAGAUACCUCUCUCCAUUCGCAUCAACAUGUGUCCUUUGCAACAGCAGCAGCUGAUUCUUCAAACUGUAUUGUUUAAGCUGUGAGCGGCGGAGACACACACAAAGCCAUUACACACCCAAAGUUAACUUUUACCGCGUGUGCAGCAAAGUUAUCUAAAACUAAAACUUUUAUGGCCAUAUCUGACCACUGGAAUCCAGGAUCAUGCCCCAAAGAAUCUCUGCAAGGUCUCCAUCAUGACAGCAUAAAGAGACCCAGGCUCUAAACCUGUAAACUCUCCCACAGGAUUUAAAUGGUGUAAUUCAGAAGAUGUUACUUAAGAAGUCUUGCUUCCUCUUGAGGGCAAGGAAUUCCCAUCUCUGAUACUAAAAAGCAUCCAACAUGCCUAGAACUGUUCUGAAUUAUUUCCAUUACAGGGACACUGACAGCCCAAAUGCUCUCAGCCAGCCAUAAAACAAUGCUGACCUAUGCUAAGGUAAACCCUGGUUUAUGACCAAGCCAUGUGUUACAGCGGCUGUAUUAUUAAGUAUUAAUAGAAAAACCACAAACAUCAUUAAACAAAUCAAUAACACUGAAAUGGGAAUUUCACAAGAAAUUCUUAACAUUCUGUUUUAUAUGUAAUAUGUUUGUUGUUUGAUGAUGUCAUGUCUGAAUAUGUAAUUAAUUAUUUUUCCUGAAGUGUUUGAAAACAUACAUAAACAUUGAGUGUUUAAUUGAAAAUUAAAUCUAAAAUCAUGCUAGAAGCUUUGGGGUGACUUUCAGAGUAGUAUGAUACACCAGUUGCAUCAUAUGGACAUGAGAUGAACUGUGUUAUCACAUGAGAGAAUUGUGGUUGAUUUCCAACCACCAACUUAGGAGUCAAAUUUUUGGCUCCAACCCUCAGGCUGAGCCCAUUUUUAACUCAAUGAGACUUUCAUUUGUUGCAUGCUCUUCAAUUGCAUGAGAUAAAACAUGGAAAAACAAUCCGUUUUAAAAGUGCACUGAACCUACUCCUGCAAUUCCUGUUGAAAUCUUCUAAAGACUGAUGCUAUUGACCAGGUCUCUCAGUCGUGAACCCAAGAAAAAUCUUUAAUGUUAAGUUACCCAUAAUUAGUCUCACAACAGGGAAAUUUACCUCCACAUUUAACCCAUCUGCGCAGUGAAACACUCACAUACACACUAAUGAAUGCACACACUAGGGGGCAGAGAGCACACUUGCCCAGAUUGGUGGGCAGCCCUAUCCACAGCACCUGCAUUGAUCAAGGGCAUGGCAGUCAUGUCCUGUCAGCCCAGGGGAUCGAAAAGGUUUUUGCCUACUCAUUAUCUCCAAGGUUGGCAUGGUGGUUAGUCUUGAGCCGCUGUGAUACUGUAGAAUGGAUGUUUCUUUAAUACCUUUUAUUGUGUGUAAAGUAGGCAUUCUUCUGGUUUUCAUUUUUAUCUUAUUUUGUUUGCUUAUUUUGUAUUUCUUUUUAAUACAUUAUGGUUAAAAAAGCAGUAAUUUCUCAUAUGACAGUUGAUUUAUAUAACCAUACCACUUGUAUCUUCACAAUAUAUGCAUGCUAUAAAUCUUGUUACUCAUAAAUUCAGAGUGAACUUCAUCUGUGUUUUCUUGUGUGCGCAAGGAAUGUGCUGGGUUGUAACAAAUCAACUACUCCUUACAAAUCAGGCAUAGGUUUUAUCUUUGUUUUCUCAACUAAAGCCUGGCUAGUUGGUAAGAGUGACAAUGAAGCUUCGUUUAAUGGCAUUGUGGCUACAGGCUGAUUCAUCCUGAAGACACAAAAUAUUGGAUGGACCUAUUGGCCAUAUUUGGGUUUCCUUUCUUCUAAUUUACUGUGCAUAUAUGUUAAAACUUGUUUAUUUAUAUCACAAUUAUGUGUAACCAAUUAUUUCUAACUUCUUUUUUUCCUUGUUGUCCUAUAAAUUGUACCAACACUCUGCUGGGGGACUGUAUAACCUCACAUAAUUCUGGUCUCAGUUUCAGUUCUCUGGGUUCUUACCAGGAGUUUCUUCCCAGCCAUGAUUUUAAAUGAACCUAUUACUGCAUAGAUUCAUUUAUAAUUACGUCUGAUGCUGUUUUCUCGUCUUUAAUAGAGAUGGCCAUCACUAUAUAUAUUUGCAUUA